GAAAAUGUUAAUCAAGCAAAUCAAGUAGAACAAAAUGGCGUCAGAUUUUGCAGGAAUCAAAACUUCGCGGGUCAGUCCGGCUUUCUUGCAUGGAAAUUCGACGUCGCACACAUGGCCAUUUUCAGCCAUUGCAGAGUUGAUCGACAAUGCCUAUGAUCCAGAUGUAAGUGCAUCUGAGUUAUGGAUAGAUAAAAGAAACAUAAGUAAGGUGGACUGUUUGACGUUUGUUGACAAUGGAAAUGGAAUGAACCAAGAGAAACUUUACAAAAUGUUAAGUUUUGGUUACUGUGAAAAAGUUACAGUUGGAAAUGUAAAACCCAUUGGUUAUUAUGGAAAUGGAUUUAAGUCAGGAAGUAUGCGACUUGGCUCGGAUGCAAUGGUUUUUACACGUUGUUUGACAUCAACAAGUGUGGGAUUUCUCUCGCAGACUUACCUGAAAGCUUCUAAUGCUGAGGCUGUAGUGGUACCUAUUGUAACAUGGGAUAUAACUCCAGCUGGCUUGACAAGGAAGAACAACUCAGAGAGUUUGACCAAUCUAAAGGCCAUCCUUAAAUACUCUCCUUUCAAAACAGAAAAAGAUCUGAUGGCUGAGUUAAAGACGUUAGAGAAAAUGAGGACUGGAACCAACAUAAUCGUCUUUAAUUUGAAACAAGACAAUACAGAAAAUCUGGAGCUGGAUUUUGUCUCAGAUCCCCAUGAUAUAAGAAACCCAGAAACACCAGUCAUUGAUUUAACAUCUAUAAACAGACCUAUAUAUACAGCUUCACCAGAAUACAGAAGAUCCUUAAGAGAAUACUGUUCUAUCCUGUAUUUGAAACCAAGAAUGAAAAUUGUUAUACGAGGACAGAAAGUGAAGACAAAGUUGAUAUCUAAAUCGCUCUCACAAACUGAAGUGGAUGUGUAUAAACCGACAUGGCUUAACAAACCAGUGAAGCUGAUAUUUGGAUUUACUAAUGACAAGGAACCAGAUAGUUAUGGUCUUAUGAUGUACCAUAAAAACAGACUGAUUAGAGCUUAUGAGAAAAUCGGCUGUCAAAAACAGGCAAAUGACCAUGGUGUUGGUGUGAUAGGGGUUGUAGAAGCAAACUUUCUGGACCCGAUACAUAACAAACAGGAAUUCAACAAAACAGAUAAAUACUUAGCAUUUAUGCAGAAUGCAGCAAACAAAUUAAAUGAUUACUUCUACGAGAAGACACAAUGUGAAAAUCCAAAUGCCAAAUCAAUACCUCAUACAUCGUCUCAGCUGCCUGAUUGGACAUGGGCUCAGUGUGAUAACUGCCUCAGUUGGAGACGUCUACCUACAGGGUAUAGUGAAAAACUGCCAGAUAAAUGGUACUGCUACCUCAAUCCUGAUGCACAUUUCAAUCGUUGCGACAUUCCAGAAGAACCAGAAGAUGAUGACGAGGCACUGCAAACAACAUACCGUAAAACUUACAAGAAAACUCAGGCUGAGAAAAACAGACAAGCUCGUCUUAUAGAGGAAAGGAAGUUGAAAGAAAAAGAAGAAAAUCUGAAAAGGAAAGAAGAGAUGUUGCAAAAGAAAAUGAAUGAAAUAACAAGAAAACAAACAGAACUUGAGGAGGUAUCGUCUAGUCAGGACAGAGUAGACAGUAAGCCAACAGUAGCUGAUCUAGAGCGAGCAAAGAAAUCACUAAAGAUAUACCAGGAGAAGAUGGCCAUGCAGGAGAAGACGAUAAAACAACUGGAGAUACAAAAGCAGCAGAUUGAGCACAAAUCAACAGCAAUGUUACGCAUGGCGGAAUCCCUGAGGUUAACCAAUGUGGCAAGUAAGAAUUUAGAAGAGAAAGUGAAAGACCUGACAGGUACCAGUAAUUCUACAGUGUCUUCAAGCAGUCACACACUACGUCCACCCCACAAACGAAAGAGCACCAGUAAGGAUGGAAGCAAUGAAAAAGUUGCAAAAAUCAAAACCGAAGAUGGUGGUUUUAUAACAGUGAAUGCUCCUGACGCUGGAGUUGUUGACCUUACACUAGACGAAGAGGAGAUUAGUACCCAAAUGGAGGUUGAUAGUAGUGUUCUGUCUGACAGUCCUGUAAAAUCUGACAAAGCCAAUAAAACUAAUGAUAAAAACACUGCAAAGUCUACACCAAGCAAAGGUGGUAAAGAUUCAGCAAAAGAAAACUCUGAUAGUAGUAGUGUUACUGAUAAAACCGCAACAAAAAGUAAAAAUGAUACUCCUGCUAAAACCUCGGCUAAAUCUGACAGUAAUCCAGAAACUGAUAAAACAAAGAGUAAAGACAAAGCAUCAAAAAGUCAAGUUGAAAAAACAGGAGACAAAGAAACACUGAAUGACAAUAGUGAAAGUAAACCUGAUGAAAAGGCGACAGAAAAGAGUGAUAAAGAAGGCGAUGUUGGAGAUAAGAAAGAUAGUGAAAAUACGGAAGUAAAGGAGAAAGAGAAGGAAAAGCAAUCUGGAAGUACUGAUUAUAGUGAAAUACAGGAGGAUGUUAAACCAGAUAAAGAAGAGUUAGAUAAAAACUUAAAUGAUACUAAAACUGAAGAUAAAAAGUUAGAUGAUACUAAACUUGAGGAUAAAAAGUUAGAUGAUAAUAAACUAGAGGAUAAAAAGCUAACUGAUCCUAAAACUGAGGAUAAGAAAGUAAAUGACAAUAGUGAAGAGAAGAAAGUUUUUGUGGAGAAAGGAGCGCAAACAGUUCCAACGGUGGUUAAAUUCGCAAGUCCAGAAGAGCUUGAUCUUCUAAAAUUGUGUCCAUCUGAACAGAGACAAGUUUUACUACAGAAAGCUAGAGAAUUAGAUGAGACUAAAAAAGAGUUUAGUGAAACUCAGAAAACUCUAAAAAGUUUACAGGAUAAUAUUUGGCAGCUUUUGAAGAUAAUUGUGCCAGACUUUGAUUAUGGGAACCCUGAAAAUAUUGAAAAAAUUAUUUUGGAUUUCAUACGUGUGAAUGGUGAACAAAAUGACAGUCCAUCAACCUCAGGAAAUUGAAAGUACAUGUUUUUGUUACUUUUGGGGACUAAGUAUUUGCACCUUGUCCUUUUUGUUAGUUUGUUUCAUUUCUAAUCCGGUCCAUAUCUUUGUCAUCUAUCAAGGGAAUUUUACAUUAUUUGGCAGAAACAUUGCCCAUAAUGUAAAUGAAACGAUGUGUCAUGCUCAAAACCCAAACUCUAAGCUCAAAAAUCAAAAUUGGAGGUAAACCAGGUCCAGUAAAUAACUCUGCCAUCCAUUUAGGAAUUCUGAUUUUAUUUGGCACCUGUGUUCCCCAUUACAAAAUUGUAGGUAACACACAAAAUCCUGACCCCUAGUUCAAAGGUCAAGAUCAGUAUCACAUAGACAAAAAUUUUAGGUCAUAAUUUUCUAGUCUUGACUCACUUCUUUUACCAUAGAUGUAUAUUCUAAUAACUUGAUACAAACAUUCAGCAGGACAAGACAAUUUGUUGUGUAACAGACCUUGACCCUGAACUCAAAGGUCAGACUUAGAGAUCAAAGAUUUUAGCUUAGAGAUUACUUCUUUAACUGUAAUUGACAUUUGCAAUCAAACAUUUUAUACAAGAAAAAAUAGUUUAUACCUAAUGUACUUUAUAAAAUGAUAGAAACAAAAUUCAUUGAAAUGAAUAAAAGGUGUGAGUAUUUAGCAACUAUGCUGACUUUUUGUAGUAGAUUCAUAAAUAUCCAGGUAAAACUUCAGACUAAAGAGAGUAUAUAUACAUAAUAGACAUUUGUUCAAUCCUGCAUUCGCCUAAACAGUAGUGCACUUUAUAUUGUUUUGUGAUACUUUCUUUACUUGUUUUAACCCUUACCCUGCUAAAUUGCUAUAAUGAACUUGUCCAUCUUGUAAUUUGGACAGUACCAUUAACUGUUAAAGGGAUGCUUACUAAAAAGAUACCAAUUGAAUGGCGAACAGUGCAGAUCUUGAUCAGACUACACAGAUGUGCAUGCUCAUCAGGAUCUACACUGGUCGCAAAGGCAGAAUCAGUUGUGUCCAGCAUGAUAAGGGUUAAUUUAAUUUUUAAUAGUAAAUCAAUGUUGAAAUUUCUGCAGAUUCAAAAUAAUGGUGUAAGUAGAUCAUCAUUUGAUAACACAGUACUGAAAAUUUGCAUUGAAUUUAGAGAACACGAGUAUAGAUGAUAAUUAAAAUUAUCAAAACUGUUACAUAGGAGUCAAAGGCUAUAAUUCUUAAUGAAAUUUUUUAAUGUAGAAAUGUUAGGUAAUUGUCUAUAAAUUAUGUGAACUGUGUAUAUAGACUUGCAGCCUCUUUGAUGUGAAUGCAGGCAAAUUUAGAAGUAUACUUUGAAGUUGAUUUGAGUUAUUUUUCUGUAAUUUGUUGUUGUGUUGUUUAUGUGAUAGUGUGUUAAGUUGUUUUAUGAUUAUGGGAGAUAGAAAUAUUUUAAGUGUACUGAUAACUCAGAAGUUUUUAUUACUUCCCCUUCAUGUUUAUGAUUGGCGUAGUUGCAUGCUGUAAAUACAGAAAGAAUGGUAUUUUGUGGAGAAUUCACAAGUUUUGUUGUUUUGUAAUAAGAUGAAAUCAUGUUUUUGUUUAAAAAAAGAAAAAGAAAAAAAGGAUGUCAGAUUAUAUAUUUAAAUGAUUUUAAUGGGAGAUUUUAGAACUUUAUCGCCAAUUUCAGGAUAACAAUUAAAUACAAAAAAUCUUCCAACUUUUUUCCACAGGUUUUAUAUUUUUUGUGUUCAGCUGAGAAUGGAUUGAGUAAUUUGUAUAGCAGUUCUGUAGUUAAUUGUUGUCAGGGGGACCAACAAGCAUUUUUAUCUUGUAUAUAACUUGUUUCUUAGUAAAGCAUGGAACUGUACUAUCAGGUGUGUACAUUUGUAUGUCAUUUUAAACAACAUUCAUUCAUAUUAUUUUAGUGUUUAUGUAAAUGUUUAUAGUUCUGUAGGUGUUACUGAUAGACUAACAGUGUGUUCUUUUACUGGUAUACAUGUGUCUAUGUGAGCCGUGAUCUGCGCAGGCUGGUCUGGAUCCAUGCUGGUCGCAAAACCACUAUGUUGGUUUUCUCUGGCACAGCUCAUGUAAAUUCUUUGUUAAUGAUAUCAUACUCAAUGUUUGAGUGUGCCCUUUCCAAAAUUAGGUUUUUCCAUCCUCCUUCAAGAACUGAUGUUCGUUAUUUUCCAAUAGAUUUUAAAAAAUGUGACAUUUUAAGGCAUGUUAUGACACUCAUUUAUUUGAAUUUGGGGGCUGCAUUCGAGCUUUUCAAGCUGCUACUGAAAGUUGUGAGCUCGUAAUGAAUUGUAUUAGUCAUCGAAGAUUGCAGAACUAGUGUCUAAAAAUACAUUAUCUCACCGAAAUUACUGAUUGAAUUUGCGGGUCCGCUACCUGUAUAUGAGACACCAAUUGUCUGAGUAGAAACCUCAAAUAAUGUAUGUAAAGUAUCAUAUCCAACUUUCUUCAAAUGUAUAAGAUAUGACAUGCAAGUUAUGUAUGUCCUAGCCUGUGAAGGGAUACAAGUUUCACAGUUCUAUAGAAAGAAGAAGUAAGAUGUAUGAGCCGUGCCAUGAGAAAACCAACAUAGUGGCUUUGCGACCAGCAUGGAUCCUGACCAGACUGCGCGAAUGCGCAGGCUGCUCAGGAUCCAUGCUGUUCGCUUACAGUUUCUCUAAUUACUGUAGGCUUUGAAAGCGAACAGCAUGGAUCCUGACCAGACUGCGCGGAUGCACAGGCUGGCCUGGAUCCAUGCUGAUCGCAAACCCACUAUGUUGGUUUUCUCAUGGCGUGGCUCAAUUAUUUGUUUAUAAGUGUAUAUAUUGAUCUCAAAUAUCUGUUAGGCAUUGUUAGACUUUCUUGUUAUUUGUUUAUUACGUGUAUAGAGAAAUGUUUUAAACUGGAUAGCCAUCAUUGUGAUUCGGCUACAUGUAAACAUUGCUCCCAUGCAUGGAGUCCCUGUGGCCAGCAGGUCAUCAUUGGAGAAAGAAGUCAAGUUGUCAUGUGGAAGUUUGAUGAGUUGCUCAUACCUGAUAUAAUUCCAGGAGGGGCACCUGAGGGGUUUUCCUUCAUGAUUACAGCUGGAAAGAUACCAUAUGACAUGAGCUGUGAAGUCUUAAUAAGUCAAACUCACAUGGGUCUUGGGAGGAUAAGUAUGCCAAUUUUAACAGGGUUCGCACAGGCCUUGAAAAGUCCUUGAAUUCGAUGGUAGUCCUUGAAAACUCCUUGAAAUUGACAAAAAACCAGAAAAAGUACUUGAAUUUUGAAAAAAAAACUCCUCGAAUUUGACCUUUCUCUCCUUGAAAAUAUUCUUUCCGUCACUUUGCUUUGCAAAAAGAAUUUAAGGCUUAAAAUAAAUCGGAGAAAAUGAAAAUAAAUUCGUGAAAUUGCAGGAUCGGGUCACUCGUAUGCUAUUAUAGUGGUCUACGGCCACACUUUAUCAAUAUUUACAGAGUGCUAUUUCUACUGUAUCACCGUUUGCAUGUUUCCGUUUCCGUUUUUAGGUAUGAAGGUAUUAAAUGCAUCCGCUGCUAUUUUCUAUAUAAAAUUAACAACUUAUAACAUAUUUUUAUCAAGAUUUCUAGCCUUUCACUUCCUGCGAGACUACCCUUGUCUUGAAGGUCUGUCUUUAGGCAAUCAAAAUAUACCAAAAAAAUAUGGGGUUGACCAUAAUGCAGUGAAACCAUGGUCACAUGACUGAGACACGUGAUGAAAACGUUAAUAUUGCGUAGGUAGACAUCAGGAAAUACCUACUUUCACUUUCAUUUUACAAGGCAGCUUCCAAUCAUCUUCUGAAGCAUAUAACAUAGCUUAAAAUCAUCUGCGGACAUUCCUUUUUACAAUCAAGCACAAAUAAAGCUUAUAUCUGGCAUGAAAAUGGCCUUUACUAGGCGGGAAAAUUGCACUAUAUAUUGAUAUGGACUACAUUCGAGUGGACCACGGAGGCAUAUCCGGCUAAUUGCCCCCUUCAUGCCUAUAAGAAAUACCAAAGUUUUCAAAAUCGUUCUGUUGCAGUCAAUUAUUGUACGUAAGUCAAUUGUCAACAAUUUUGCCAACUUUCAGUUUGAAAGAAUGGCUACUGUUGGAAUUAUGCCUCAUUCAGACAGACAGUCCACACCUGCAAAAAACGUGUCAGGGGCAUAGAUAAUGCCAAUUUUUCAUUAAAUAUAGUAUCAUACGGCCUUACUUAUCUUAUUUCUAUUAUUUGUUUGCAAGAAACAGCUAGAAGUACACGAAAAAUAAUCGAUUUCUGUCAUUCUUACCUAAAAUGGUGACGCUGAUGCAAAACUGAGAUGUGGGGAAUCACCUUAAAAAUCAGAAUUUUGCCUACUUUCCGAAAAAAUCUCAAAUUUGCCCAAAAUAUGCAAAUAAUAUGCCAUGUUUGUCUUAAAAUGGUGCUUACUGCUCAAUUCUGAUCAGAAAAUACCAGUUUUACAUCGGUUGAAGCAAUUUUCACGAAGUGCGAAUUUUUCAUUUUAGGUAUGAAGGUAUUAAAUGCAUCCGCUGCUAUUUUCUAUAUAAAAUUAACAACUUAUAACAUAUUUUUAUCAAGAUUUCUAGCCUUUCACUUCCUGCGAGACUACCCUUGUCUUGAAGGUCUGUCUUUAGGCAAUCAAAAUAUACCAAAAAAAUAUGGGGUUGACCAUAAUGCAGUGAAACCAUGGUCACGUGACUGAGACACGUGAUGAAAACGUUAAUAUUGCGUAGGUAGACAUCAGGAAAUACCUACUUUCACUUUCAUUUUACAAGGCAGCUUCCAAUCAUCUUCUGAAGCAUAUAACGUAGCUUAAAAUCAUCUGCGGACAUUCCUUUUUACAAUCAAGCACAAAUAAAGCUUAUAUCUGGCAUGAAAAUGGCCUUUACUAGGCGGGAAAAUUGCACUAUAUAUUGAUAUGGACUACAUUCGAGUGGACCACGGAGGCAUAUCCGGCUAAUUGCCCCCUUCAUGCCUAAAAAAGUACGGGGAAUAAUAACUCGCAAUUUUUAGCUAUUUGCGAGUGUUUCCAGUGAAUUAAAAUGAGUAAGAAAAAUAAACGUGUUUACUCAAGUAAGCGGGAGACAAAAGACGAAUAUAAGAGCAGACAGAACGAAGUGUAUUUGUACGUCGUGUGACAAAAUUUUGAGGUAUCAUUAGUAGGAGUGCGCUAAAAAAUUACAAGAAAAGCGAUAAACCUCAGCAAAAUAGUGAAUCACAUCAAUCUAAUAAUCGAAUUAUGUCAUUUCAGAGGUGUGACAAGUGAUGGUUGUUUUAUUUUUGCAUUACAUAAUAAAAGUUGUUCAGAUUAGGUCGUGGUUUUGAAAAAAAAUAGUGCUUGAAAAAUUGUAAAAAGUCCUUGAAAAGUACUUGAAUUUUGUCUCUGAUAUUCUGUAUGAACCAUGUUUAAGUCCAGGAAUUCUAAGUUGGACCCAGUGACAUGAUAUGUUUUUCUCUAAGACUUAAAGGCACAGACUGUAUCAAAGCUUCUUUGGGAUUGUAAUAUCUACUAGACUAUUUCCUUUGGGAAGUUGUUGGUUUCCGUCCAAUCCUGAAUUUUUCUUGUUGAGAAUAGAGUCAUCUUAGAUAACUUAAAAGUGUUGUAUGAAGCCAAUCACCAGGGCGAAUUGAUACUCCUAGUUUAUUUGACCAGUAUGUGUGCAGGCUGUUAAUGUCGAUAUGACAUUUUUUGGAAUGUUACUUUUACAUGUAUGAUGUGGCCUAAAUAGUUAGUGGAGCUAAUUAUUGCGAGAAAAUUGUUACAAAUUUGUUAUCACUGCAUAUCCAGGAAACAUUGCUGAUUUACCAAACACUAUGUUGAUUGUCAAAUAUACCAACUGCCACAUUGAGUGUCAGAUUUACCAGUCGCAGUGCUGAUUGUCGAUAUUACGAGCUGCUGUGAAGAUUUUCUGAAUUAAUAGGUGCCAUAUUGAUUGCAGCAGUGUUGAUUGUCAAAUUUACCAACUGCUAUCAUGUUGAUUGUUUGAAAACAGAUAAAAAAGCACAAGUUAAGAAUUAUGAUUUUGAUGCAGUUGUCUCCCUUACCUGUAUGGCAUACUGCACUACACACAAAUAUAAUGUUUUUAUUGUCUGAAAUUUACUGUAUUGGUAUGUUAAUGGUGUGUUGUUGAAUAAGAAGAUUAAUUUGUCAAAUAGUCGAAAUGCUAGUCAUUGUUGAGUUCAUGUAGCAUGUCAGUUAAUCGUUGAUAAGUUUUUGUACAGGUCUAGUAUACUGUAUUCUGUAGUAUAGCCCAGCUUCAGAUGCUGGUUCCCACCAUUAAACUAGCUCCGCAGAAGAGGUAUUUGAUUUGACCUCUGGUUUUGCAACAAGAUUUUGCUUUUGUAUACGGCCGAUAGUUAAGAAAUAUUGAGAUUGGUGUGUUUAUGUAAAUUGUUUCACCAAAUUAUAUGCAGCAGGUUUGCACUGAGGUGACAGUAUUCAUAGACAUUGCCAGAGCUGUUGAAUUUAUAUGCACAACUUUUAUUAUCAAUGACUGUUUAUCCUACCCACCUCAAAAAUUGUGACAGAGGCUCAGGCAAAGAAAAGUAAAAUGGUGGGGGUUUUAGUGGUUUAACUCUAAUGUAAAUCCAUAUGAAUGAAUUCUUUUAAGCGUAGAUGUAAUCCAUAUGAUUUUUGUAUUUUUUUAUGCCCCCGAAGGGAGGCACAUUAGUUUUCAACUGUCUGUCCGUUAGUUCGUUCGUUCUUCACAACGUUAACUUUUUGCAUGAAGGCACUUUACUCACAACCACUGCACCCAGGACCUUCAAACUUCACAUGCUGAUAGUACUUAUUGAGUGCACGACCCCUAUUGACUUUGGGGUCACCAGGUCAAAGGUCAUUGUCACCAGGUCAAAGGUCAAGGCACUGCGGGGGCAUUUGUCACCAUUAGUGACAGCUCUUGUUAUUGUAUCUAAUUAUUCUUGUUGCUGGAGAUGUCAGUUUCUAUUUUGUAUUAUACACAUGUAGUUUGCAAACAUUUCUUCAUGUUAUCCUUUCAAUAAAUGAUUUCGCUUACAAGUGAUUCCAUCCUAUGUUUGCAAGAAUAUUACUUUUUCUGCACAUGGUGUUUCUGAUAAACAUGUGUUUUUAUCUCAUAUGCAGGUGCUAUCCUAGGGCAUAAAACAGAAAGGUCUAUCAGCAUAUAGACAAAGAAGGCAGAUGGCAUUUUAGCUUUAUAUCUUCAUAAAGUACAUCGUUCAUUGUUGUGUAAACAAAACUAAUCCGCCACCUUGUAAUUUUGUGUUAAUGGAACAAAAUAUGUCUGCUUUCUAGUCUGAUGUUUUUGUGAUCUCCUUAUGACUAUUUUUUCAUGUAGUUAUGUAUGGUUUACUUUUUACAUUACAUCAGGGCUGAACCAAAAAUCUACGCAGAUUUUCGAGUAUGUGACAGUAAGAUUUUCUCUACAGUCUAUGCUUCAGAAUCGGGGAUAUAAGUCAUUUGAAAAUUGGAAAAUUGAUAUUUAAGGUAGUGAAUCUGUGAAACAAAUUCCGUUACAUAAUAUAUUCUCAGUAUGAGAUUUCAGCACUCUAGUUUAUGAACAGAAAGUCUUGUGCUGUCUUGUUGAAGAAUAGCAAAACAACAUACAAGAAUAAAUAAUCAUGAAAAAAUUACAAAUGACAUAAUGGAUCCACUACUUUUAAAGAUUUACUAAAUUUCUGUCUGAAUGAAGUCAUGGGUUUCUUUUUCUUCUGAUUUACAUAAUUUCAAUAGUUGAGUUUUGAACAUGAAACACGUGCACUUACAUAUAUUUGAUCUUACACAGACUUUGAGGACCACAAUAAUGUUUGCAGUUACAUAAAUGUAAGUGAGAUUUUAUAGUGCUUUAUAUAAUAAUUGUAGUGUUAUGUAUUUACAUAAUGGAAUUUUAUAAAUAGUUGAAGAUAGCUUAAAUGCCACAAGUUCACAUUUUUCCAAUUGAAAUGUAGAUUUUUUUUCUCAAAAUUUAUUUGAUAUUGUAUUUUAUCAAACUGGCAUAUGGUAUAAACUUGUUGAAAUAGUUUUGCUGAAUCAGGAGUAAAGCAUCUGAGGUGCUUUUAAAAAAUUUAAAAAAAAAAGAACAUUGUUCAUUGAUAUUUAAAAAUAUUGAACGUUUUUCAUUACAAAUAUACUUCUGUUAAUUCAGUGUCAAAUUUACUUGUAUAUUUAACUCCAUAUAAAAGAAGAAAUGGAGAAUUUUUAGCUCACGGGAGUCACCUGUCACAAAGUGACAAGGUGAGCUAUUGUGACCGCUUGAUGUCCGUCGUGCGUAGUGCGUUGUCUGUCAUCAGUCGUCCGUCAACAAUUUCUAAAAAAAUCUUCUUGAAAACCACUGGUCAGAAUUACACCAAACUUCACAGGAAUGAUCCUUAGGUGGCCCCCUUUCAAAAUUGUUCAAAGAAUUGAAUUCCAUGCAGAACUCUGGUUGUCAUGGCAACCAAAAGGAAAAACUUUAAAAAUCUUCUUGUCCAAAACCACAGGGCCUAAGGCUUUGAUAUCUGGUGUGUAACAUCAUCCAGUGGUCCUCUACCAAAAUUUUUCAAAUUAUCCCCCUAGGGUGAAAUAUGGCCCCGCCCAGGGGGGUCACAUGGUUUAUAUAGAAUUAUAUAGGGAAAACUUUGAAAAUCUUCUUGUACAAAACCACUUGGCCUAGGGCUUUGAUAUUUGGUGUGUAGCAUCAUCUAGUGGUCCUCUACCAAGAUUGUUCAAAUUAUCCCCCUAGGGUCAAAUAUGGCCCCACCCCAGGGGUCCCAAGUUUUACAUAGACUUAUAUAGGAAAAAAAGUUUAAAAAUCUUCUUGUCUGAAACCACAACACUUAGACCUUUGAUAUUUGGUUUGUAGCAUUGUCUUAUGGUCCUCAACCAAAAUUGUUCAAACUGUACCCCUUGGGUGAAAAGAGGCCCUGCCCUGGGGGUCCCAAGUUUUAUAUAGACUUGUAUAGGAAAAAGCUUUAAAAAUCUUCUUGUCUGAAACCAUACAACCUAGGCUUUUGAUAUUUGGUAUGGUGCAUUGUCUAGUAGUCCUCUACCAAAAGUGUUCAAAUUAUGCCCCUGGGGUUAAAAGAGGCCCCGCCCUGGGGUCACUUAGUUAUUAUGUGAGUUAUAUAGGAAAAAUACUUAAAAUCAUCUGAUCCUAUUUCCCUGACUGUUUAAUUAUAAUUACCUGAUGACCCUAAGUAAUAUGAUGUCACUUGACUGUGACCUUGACCUACUGACCAACUUUCUUGUUUUUUAAGAUACAGCCUUGAAAGGUUGAUGACAUACAAAUCGUAAAACUGAAUUUCAUUGACCAUGAAUGUGACCUACUGACUUUCUAAAUAUUUUAUGAUCAUUUUGACAUUUGAAACAUAUAGCUCAUAUUACUCAGGUGAGCGAUCCAGGGUCAUCAUGACCCUCUUGUUUUAAGUUUCAUUUCAAGAUCGAAAUAUCUUUCAUGAAGCAUUAGAUGCAGUAUUGUUGAGUAGCAUAGCCAUGAAUGAAAAUGUAAGAUCAAGUGAAAGAUAAUUUAAUAUUGCAUGUAAAUAAAACAAAAUUUCUUUUAUUUCGUGUCUUGUCAAAAGUUUGUUGUUACUUUUACCAAAUUUUACCCAUUUUAUAGUUUUUUAGACCAAUGGAUAUUUUUCACUGAGAAUUGUUAAAUAUAUUUCACUCUACAUUUCAAUAGCUAAAUGAAAAAAAUUAAGUGUUUUUUCACCUUAACAGUGGAGACAUAAGUUUUUUCUUUCUCUCUGUACCACAUAUGUAUGAGAAAAAGGCCUUCUCAGUAUUACAUAUGUCUACAUCUGUAUUUUCUAUACCCCUACAUACAAAGUAUAUGGGGAGUGUGUUGGGGUUACACAUGUCCAUUGGUACAUCUGUUCAUCAGACAAAUUCCUUUCUGCACCAUAUGUUUACCACUGGGAAGAUUUUCAUGAAACUUGCAUCAAAUAUUAAACUAAUCAGUAUGACAUGCAGAGCACACAGCCAGCUCACAAGGUUACAGUGACACUUUAAAGUCAGAGGUUAAAUAGAUUAACUUUUUUUGUCUGUUCCAUUUCUUUGUAACUUGUUUGGAGGGGUUGAGUUUGCUUUGAAAAUUCAAUAUGAUUUUUAUCUCGCCUGCGGAAAUAGGGGGAUAUUUUUUAUCCACUUCAACAAAAACCAGCAAGAAGGGUUUUGUUCACUUCGAAUUGGGAGGUGUUUUGUGCUCUUUAAAAUUUGAGUGGGAGGGAUUAUGUGUGCUAUGAAAAUUUAACAAGAGGGGUUUUUUGCUACUGUGUAAUCUGUAAAAACAGCAGAAUUUUUGUCCAUCGAAAAAGAAGAGUGGUUUUAUAUGACUCCCUGUGGAGACUAAAAAUACAGUCUAAAAGAAGCCGUAAAAUUUCAUUGGAAAAUGUGUUUGAUGGAAAGUGCCAUCAAUGGUGUACAUUGUUUAGACUUUUCAAAUAAAAUAUAUGAAAUUACCUUACAGACAAGAUGCAUAAUAUUUUACCAAAAUCAUUGUUUUGAAUAAGACUGUACAUUGUUUUCUUGUCUUUAGUCAUUGAAUUAUGUAUGAAUUUUACAUUGUGACUUUUCAUGUUAAAGCAACCCAUUUGAUAGUAGACCUGUUAUGCCAUUUCCUUCUUUCUCAUUUUCAUUUAGUACUUACAUAUUUUAAUUGUAUAUAUUAAAAUAAUGAACAACA